AUGCCAUUUGAUUUCUCAUCUGACUGUGAUUAUCCUAACUGCUUGGAGAGUACUCAGAAUGAGUCUGAUUGGAAUCCCUGUUUCAGCAAGAGUAGUAAUGACUCUUUUUACUCAAGAUCAAGAAAAAAAUCCGUGUUUUGUUCUGGUGUGCAUUGCUUUGCUUCUCAGUGUUGUUCCACCAGGCCAGAGAAUGACACCAAAGACUCAGGGUUUCUUCCCUCGGAGGAGGAAAGCUAUGUGGAGUCUUCUCAAAGCAAUCAUCUCGGUCUGAACCCUGAGGGCAUUACAAGGAAAAUCAGACCAUUCAGAGAAUUGACUGUCCAAGAAUUACUGAGGGAGUUUGGGGAUAGCGGGAAGUUCCAGCCAAACUCCAUGUCCGUAGGCCACUUUAGAGAUCAAGUGGUAAUGAAGUUCAGAAGAGCUUUGUAUUAUUCUGGAAUUUGGGUGACACAUGUCCAAGGCCACAGACUUGGAAAGCACUUAUCAGCUAAUUAUUUCAAGAGAAACCCUGGUUGUCUACACCGACUGGUCCCCUGGCUGAAACGGGAAUUAACAGCUGUUUAUGGAGACUAUGGCUAUACAGUGAAGAAUAUUCUAGCCACCAUUCUCCAACACAUGACAGAAUAUGAUCUGGACAGUGAGUCUUUCAUUCAUCUCCUGGAACCUUAUCUACAACAACACACCCACCAUUUCCUGCAUGAGUUUAUCAGUUUUGUUCAUUCACCUUAUAACAUGGAGACCUAUGACCAACGAGCCAUCUAUCAAUGUCCUUCUGUUUCACCAAGGGUAAAUAAGAAGUCCAUAGCAUCAGCUUCUGUUUUGCCUUUGUCUAAGGAUCAGGCUCUACUGGCAUCUCAACAUAGAAACACCCGGGGCCAAUGGAAUAAUGAGCAGAAGCCUCUGUCAGGCUUGAGACAGUUUCCAAAUGGUAACUCUUCCUUGAAGAAAUCGGAAAUCCCACUACUCCAUCAAAAAACAGCAAGCAAAAUCCAUGCUUGGGUUGAAGACAAACCAGAAUCAGGUGAUCACAAAGGUACAACUUCUACUAACAAUAUAAUCUUGGAUUGCCCUACACCAAGGGAAAGGGGCCCAGGCUUACUGGAUUGCAAAAAAAAAGUUCAAGAGAGGAAAAUGGAAGGGAUAAAGUUGCUUUCUGGUAAUGUCCAGGAUCUGGGAAAGAGUGACACAACUGCACAUACCUUCAGUUCCCUGGAAAUUUUUAAUCAGGGGCAGUCAUGUCAGUGCAGUCUAAAAGAAGGAAGGAUUUUGAGCCCGGACCAGCAGAUCAAUUUCCAGGAAAAAGCAGCAGAAAAGAAUAAACACUCAGAUUCACCACCAAAGAUUUUUCAAAGAAGAUUGCCGAGAGAAAGAUCCUUGUUAAGUUACAAAUCCAGAAAGAGGGACCCCUCUUGGAGUUGCAUUUCAGAAACUGCCCUUUCUUCUAAGAGAAAUAGUAGGAAGCUGAGAUCUUUCAAAAAGAAGAGGUUGAAGGGCAAACAGUCCUCCCAAUUUACAGAAGCUGGUUCACAUUUCAGUAGAAGAGUCCAAAGACAAUCACAGUCCAAUACUCACAGAUCCAAAUCUUGGUGUGUUGGGCUUACAAAGAGAUCUUUAAGCAGAGAAUCAAGUAAUCCCUCUCUGAAAGGAAGUAACAGAAGUGAAUGCUUCACUCAAAAUAUAUGCUGUGUGUGCUCAAAAGUGAAGAAUGUGCAUAGUUAUGAAUCAAACUAUGGGAGAGCAUCUUCAACCACAGUUCAACAUGUGAAAUUUCCUUCAACUGCUGGGAAGAGACCCAAGUGUUCUUCUAAAUGUGAGAGUACUUCUGAAGCUGAAAGCCCCUGUAACAGUUUCAUAUACCUACAGACUGAGAAACACAGGUCUCCAAGUAAACAAGAGAUGAAGCAAAAAACUGCAUUUCCUAGAGCUGGCAAAACUAGAGCAGUUACACACAGAAAAAACAAAUGCCAGUGUCCAGAUAUAAGAACCACAAAGGAAGUCAGUGAAGUGAGGGAUCUGAAUGAUAUAAGGCAAAGGAGUAGUCUUUCUGAGUGUGCACCUUCUUGCAGGAAGCCAAUCCAAAAGAAAAAGAAUUCAAGCCUUCAGAAAUGUCACCUGGCCAUGAAUGAACGUAAAGGAGACAAAGUAUUAGAAACAGAUGGGUGCAAAUUGUUUUGA